GAACGCUGAAACUUUGGAGGGUAGAACGGAGACAACUGUCCGAAGAUAAUGUGGUUGGCGGUCAGGAGCUGUGCGGCGCUUGCCGAUCCUGAUUCGGUAGUCAAGUCAAGCGUCAGCGCCUUGGCCAACGCCCUGAGCGUUGAGAACGCUGCUCUCGUCAACGGCACCGUCAGCGCCGGCACAGGCACUGUUACACGCGUACUCUUCCCGGCGUUAUCUUUUACCAUGGGCGACCUCUUUUCCCUCUCCUUCCUCCAGAUUCUCUCCGUCCUCUCCUUCCUCACCUCCGCCCUCGCCCUCGUGCGAGUUGGCUCCGUCUCGUUCCACCGGCUGUCGCACAAGUUCGAAGCUCAGACGCAAUCAAUGGGUGUUGCUAGCGACAACAAGGCGCCGAUAUGGAACUGGAGCAUCGGCGGGUCGUUUUCACUCGGUGCCCUCAUCGGGGAGGAUGAGGAGGAGGAAUUAUGCACGACUGCAGGAUACACUGGAGGUAGCGAACUCAUGCGAAUGGACUGGCAAAUGAGCAAGCCGGUAACUGUCCACCUACCACCUCGGUACUCUCAGCCGCCAAUAUCUAUGGCCAAGCUCAUUAUGCAGCGGCAUUUCCAACGGAAACCAAAUCGGUACUUACGACGGGUGCCGUCUGGAUCAUCGAGACCGGUGGUCUCUUCACGACUGACUCAAUCGGCGUAGCCGCCGUCUUAUAAAUAUACUCAAAUGCUGCGUAACAGUAGCCACACCCACACUAUGCAUCUCAUGACUCUGCACGAGCACUUCCUGUCUUUACGCUCCAUGACGAUACAGACCACGGACCACGGCUAUUUAUUCUUCUCUCUGCGCAGUCGGCUGGGGCUCUCUCUCUUGGAUUGCAUUUGGAUAUUAGAGCACUGAUAGCCGUAUCUUAAAAUAUUUACAUGGACUACAGCAUUCCUCUGACUGUUGUUGUAGAUUACUGUACACGGUACUUACUCUACCAUAGCUCUGUAUCUCUGACUUUCUCUUGCAUAAUACCCCUGUGUUCUUUGUAUCUUGUCUUUCGGAUGUCUGGUCUGCAUGUAGAGAUCGAUGGAUCUAGGUGUCUUUUGACGCGCCCUCCGAUGGGGCCCUUCCGGUCUUGUCCCCCGAAUUCAUCGUCGAGCUGGUGGCAUGGUGCUUGCAUUCACAUGUGUAGGCUCAGUGUACCUAGCUAUUCCGUACCAUCAUCUCAUCCACCAAGUCUAUCACGGAGGCUCGAUAUCCAUUGGAUUGUUCUGAACAGGACAUGUUGACAUGUCCGGACGAGAUACACUUCAUUUGACGUAGGCUGUGAAUAGCCAUGAUGACAACCACUUGCGUAGUACCAUCUGUCCGCUGAGCGCGGCUGCGUGACCACGUACAAGGUUUAGAAGCUUCUUGAGGCCCUACUAGGUCGUCACGGGCCCAGCUCUCCC